GUAUUAUUUACUUGUUCAUUUUUCAUUCUCUUUUUCUAAACACUCUUUUCCUCCUCUCUUUUUCUAAUAUCUCUCUUUUUUUUUCAUUGUUGCAUUGAAUAAAAAAAAGUAAUCUUUUUUCUUUAUUCAUGCUUUAAAAGAAACAAGAAAGUUAUACGCGAAUUUUCUUUUCUGUAUAUAUACAAUCAACGCAACACACAAAUACCAAUCCUAUUUUGUUAUUUUAUCUUCUUUCCUUUUUGUAAAUCCUCUCUUUCUUUCUUUCACACAUCUACUAAGCAAUCCCAUUUCUUCCCUCCCAUACAUAUAAUCCUUAAUCUUUAAUACCACUAUGGCAACUACAAUUCAACACAACCCUGUCUUGUUACAACAAGAAGACGAAGACAUUGCUCUAGCAAACUAUUUGACAUCUUCACUUAAAUUUGAUCCCCAGGCUUCACAACAGCAACAACAAAUGAAUAGCGCCAAUGCUUAUUACUUUCAACAACAGCUACAAAAGCAACAACACCGUACCCGCACUCGCGUAUCAAGUUCGCCUUCAAAUCCUACACGCUCCAGUGGCACAAGAAAACAACCACCACCUCAAACUCGCCCUUCAAACAAAAAACAUCCUUCAUCCUCAUCAUCUAUCGUCUCAUCUUCUUCUCUAUCUCAGCCACCACUUAUCUCUUCUAAUGAAUCCAUGAAAAGUAACAAUAGUCGACGUCGCCAUAGUGCUAUGCCAAUGACUCAAGAAAGAAGACCUUCGUUCUCUGGCUCUGUUGUAUCAGCAACAUCUGCUCUUUCAAUUCAAUCUGAAAUGUCUGUCAACACAAAACUGUCUUUAUCAAAAAGACUUCGUAAAGUGUUUAGCAUGAACAAUCUGAAAUCUUCCAAUAGUAGCCAGAGUGAUCUGGCUUCUUUGGCAAGCAGAAAUGGUUCCAAUUCGUCUAUUGCUUCGUCUAUAUCUAGUUCACCCUUAUCUCAAUCUACUACAAAUAGCAAGAAUCCUAUGUCUUUUAGACGUAGAUCGAUUGCAUCACUUUCUAGUUUAUUUCAAAAGGGUUCUGGUAGCGUGCCUCAAACUGAAGUGGUACCAAGCAAGCCUAGUACUUCCACAUCAUCUAACAGCAAACGUCAUUCUUCAGGAGAUUUACGCCAAAUUGUCAAAGAAGAAAAGAAAGAAAAAAAACCUGACUUGCGAGUGGACACAACAGAAACAACAUCUCAUGUGCGAAAAGGUGGAUUAAAAGGUAAGCUCAAAGAAGAUAUGAGUAUCCAUCUCAUUGCUUUAUUAGUACGCUCCUCUUCCUCCAAUAACACAAAUAAUACUUAUAUCAAUGGUGCCCCUGAUUCACCUAAUUCUGCUAUUUCAACACGUUCCUUUACUCGUUUACCACCUCCUCAACAACAACAACAACAAAGAAAUUUUAUUCAUUUGCCUGAACCGGGAUUGCCUUCACCUACUCCCUCUACUGCUUCAUCCAAGCAUUCAGAAGAAUAUAUCAAGCCUGCUGCUGUUGGACUACAAUAUGGUAUUGGCCUUCACAGCUCUCCUAAGCUAAAACCUGCUUCUUCCUCUACAAGUUCACUCGUGGCUCCCACAAAUAACUCUGGACGACGAGUUCAGUUCUGUAGCACAAUCCAAAUUCACGAAACUUUUGCUCCUUCUGAUUAUGACCGUCGUUGCGAUACCAAUGCUACGUGCCAAAAAUUAACGCCCAUGACGGCCAUGAAGAUUAAACAGGAAUUGAACGAAUACAAAUUGACUGAAAUGGAUGUUCAUGUAGAGAGUAGACAAUAUACACACUUUUUCUUGUAAUUCCCCCAUGUAAAAUUCCCCCCUUUUAAUAAAAAAAACAAGCUGAAAUGAAUUUUGCUAAAUGAA